ACCAUAGGAAUAACAUUUUAACAUGUGUAAAAAAAGUAGAGGUGUAUAAGUAAUUAAAUUUAAUAUAUUUUAAUCACCAUUUUUCAAUGGUGAUUAGAAAUGAUAAAUUUUUGUUGUAAUUUAUAAUCAAUUGUUUCCACAUAUAAUUAAAAGACCAAAUUUUCAACCACAAUGAGCACUGUGAACAUCGUGAAACCGGCGACUACGACAGUGGAGUGUGCUAGUUGCCAUCAGCCGAUAGCAGACAUGAUCGUGCAAGCGAUGGACAAGUCCUGGCAUCAAGAGCAUUUUGUCUGCACCCACUGCAAGCAACCGAUCACGUCUCAGCGAUUCCACGUGUACGACAACCAGCCGUACUGCGAGGUAGACUAUACGGAGCUGUUCCUCAAGAAGUGCACUGUAUGCGGAGAGCCCAUCAAGGACGUGGUGGUGAUGGCAUUGGCCAAGCCGUGGCAUAAAGAGUGCUUCAACUGCACCGACUGCAGUGCAGCACUUUCACAGAAUGGGUAUCACGAGGAGGAUGGCAAACCUUAUUGUCAGCACUGCUUUGAGGUCAAGUUCUGCCCACGGUGUAAACUGUGUGAAAAGCCGAUCGUGGAUACAUCUGUCAUUGCGCUCGGAGACAAGUACCAUCCCGGCUGUUUCCGCUGCAGCAAGUGUGAUGAACCUGUGCUGGACCGUACAUUCAAGAUGAUCAAAGGCGUCCAGGUCUGCUCUAACUGUGAUAAACAUUGAAAUGUUCUGUAUUGGACUUUUGCAAUAAAUAGCAGUUUACUUUUUGUA